AUUUGCUUUUUUGACAUUUUGACAACUAGUUCGAGAAGGAUUAAUUUAAAAACACCAAAUGAAGGAAAGUCAUAAGAACUGGUGAAAACAAAGGAUUUAAGCGUGGAAGCCUUAAAAAAACUGAGAAAAAUGUGGGAACUACCUAAGUUAGGUAAUCUACACGACAAAGAUAUCAUAUUCCUCUCAUUAAUGAAUGAAUGUAGAAAGUUAGCACCAGGAUCUCGACUUUCUUGCGCUUUGAGGAAUAAACUAUCAAAAUUAUCGUUACAAGAAAGAUCUGAAAUUGUCAAUAGAUCAGAUGGAGGUUGCUCUCCCUUGUUUGUGGUUUGUAGAAGAGGCCAGACUGAAAUUGUAGAAUACUUGAUUACUUUUUGCAAUGCAAAUAUAGAACAGAGGGGAUUAUAUGAAGUUGCUGAUGACAGGUCAACCCAUAUGGUAACUCCUCUUUGGUGUGCAGCCGUAUCAGGAAAAUUGAAAGUUGUUGAAUUCUUGCUCAAACAAGGUGCGGAUAUAAAUGCAGUAUCUGAUACAGGGUCCACUCCAGUUCGAUCAGCUUGUUUUAUGACACAUCUUGAAGUUGUCAAGUAUUUAGUAGAACAUGGAGCAGACAUUAACUUGCCGAACUAUAAUGGUGGUACUUGUUUGAUUAACUCUGUACAAAGUUCCCUCUUAUGUGAAUUUUUGUUGAGGAAUGGGGCCGAUGUGAAUGCUAGAGAUAUACAGAAUAAAACGGCUCUACACUAUGCAAUUCAAGAGCACAGGCUUGAGACAACUAGGCUUUUGCUGAAAAAUGGUGCAAACAUCCAUGCCAGGUCUAGAUAUGGUGAUGAUGCCUUACAGACAGCUUGUUUAAAAGGGGCAGGUAGAAUCUUUGAAUAUCUUACCACAAAUUUCUCCUAUAGCUCUGAAAAAUUGGCAAAUGCCCAUGAAUUACUUGGGGCAACAUAUUUAGAUGAGCAUAAUGACACAUUCAAGGCUUUGGAGUAUUGGAGGUUAGCUUUGACAAUUAGGGAAACCCAUGGUCUACUUCCUAAACAACCUGUGAUGCCUUUGUUGGAAAGUUAUAGAUUUCAGAGAGAGUUUCAAUCAAUGGAAGAACUUGAAAAUAUGAGUGGAGAUUUGGAUGCAAUUCGUAUACAGAGUUUAUUGAUUGCAGAAAGAAUUUUAGGUUCAACCCAUAAAGAUACAAUAUUCAGAUUGAUGUACCGAGGAGCAUCAUAUGCUGAUAUGGUCCGUCAUCAACAUUGCAUUCAUUUAUGGCGUAGGGCUCUUGAGAUACGAACGAGAAAAGACUCUAUUCUAUAUUCGGAUACAUGUUUCACUGCCCAAGCUCUAGUUCGGCUCAUGAUUGAUUUUAAUGAGAAACAUUUGCCUGCCGAUGGGUUGGAGGCAAUGCAGAGGUUCAAAGAUAUUCUUGAAACUUACAAGCUGUUGACAGAUGAUAUUAUAGAAGUAAGACACUUGCUUACAAUUCGUCCAGUCUAUAAACGGCAAGCUGAUUUUUUCGACAAAAUACUGAAAUGUAUAACACAUUUGAUUUAUUUGAUGAUAGAGAAUGCGGUUUCUAAGGAACAGAAAGAUUUGGUGGAGGAACAUGUUAAAUCUCUUAUACAAAUAGAUCCUAGGACUGUGGGAACUCAGGACAGUUUACUCCAUCUGUGUGUUUCUAAAAUGAACACGAUUUGGUCCAGCUAUUUCAUCGAGGAAGAACCAGUGGCAGUUUUUCCGAGAAGAAAGGUAUUGGAGCUACUACUGAGGAAUGGUGCUUCUGUGACAGCUAAAAAUAAAGAUGGUUCUACUCCGCUUCACAUUGCAACAUUUUCCUGUAGAGACCAAAUUAACCUUACUCGGUAUGUUAAACUGCUACUGGAUUAUGGAGCACAUAUAGACCAACCUAAUAGAAAAGGAAUGGUACCAACUCCUUCAAUUAUGGAACACAAUAAUCACACCAAUUCUCCCAUUCCAAUUCUUGAUUACGUGAGUUUGAAGUGUUUGUGUGCAACGGCCAUAUCCAAAUACGGAGUCCCAUACAAGAAUCAGAUACCCCGUGCUUUGGAAGAAUUUAUGCACUUACAUGAACCCACAUGAAGGUUGUUGUUGUUGAUUAAAUCACUAAUUUGUAAAUAUAAUUGUUUCAUAUUUAGUAAUUGAUAACAUAUUGAGAUUGAACAUAGAGAUUUUAAUGUGACCAGAAACAAAUAGAAAUAUUAUAAAAUUAAUUAUAUCAAAUGAAAAUUAGCAAAACUACUGCCAUUUACUGUGAGGAGUACAGACAUUAAUUAAUUAGUUCGAUUUAUAGUUCCGUUGGAUAAAUUGUUGUUAGAGCCUUCUACUACGCAUCUUGGAGAUAAUGGAAAUUUGUCGAUAUUUUGAUGUAGAAUUGGGCAGUUUUGAAAAAUUUCGAGAUAUCAAUGAAACGCAAUCUGCAUGAUUUCAUUUAUAGAAUUAUUUGACUUAGGUUGCGAUAGUCAUCAAGUAAUGUACAUAUUUCAACUGUAUAAUUGGCUGCAAUAAAUGAAGUUUUGAUUAUUAUUCUUUCAAAUCGAAA